UCCUUUCAAACUUCACACUUCUUGUGAUGUGUAAAUCCAAAUACUUCAUUUGACGUAUCUAUCAUUUAUCAUAUAUUGAGUAAACCAAAUCCACAUACUUUCCAUGGAAGAAAAACAAUUGAUUGUGAGAUCAAUAUAUUCCUUUGUUUUUAUGUUUUUGCUUGGCUUCAAACUACUUGUUACAGAGGCUCAACCACCAAACUAUGUGGGAGAUGACUGCAGUUCCACCACCCCAAAAUCUCUCAGCAGUGAAUACAAAGACAACCUUAAAAGUGUUCUGACAUGGUUAUCCUCAGAUGCAGCCACAAGCAAAGGCUAUAACCAUAACAGCUUUGGCAACAGCACCUCUGGUGCAGAUGCUGCUGUGUAUGGCCUCUAUGAUUGCCGUGGUGAUGUUUCUGGAUACUUUUGUCAGUUCUGUGUUUCCACUGCUGCCAGAGAAGUUCUUCAGCGCUGCCCGAACAGGGUAUCUGUUAUUACAUGGUAUGAUUUCUGCAUCUUAAGGUACUCAAAUGAAAACUUCUUUGGUAAUGUUACAGUAGACCCAUCAUGGAAUCAUACUGGAUCAAAAAAUGUCUCUAGUUCGGAAGAGAUUCAAAAGGGUGAGGGUUUUAUGAAAAGUUUGAUCAGAAAAGCUACUGUGGAGACCAACCAGUUGUACUAUAUGGAUGGCUUCAAUUUGAGUUCCACUGAGAGAAGGUAUGGCUUGGUUCAAUGCAGUAGAGAUCUCACAAGUGAAGGGUGCAGAGAGUGUUUGGAGACCAUGCUAGCAAAAGUUCCCAAAUGCUGUGAGCAUAAGUUGGGGUGGCAAGUUUCCACUGCAAGUUGUCUCAUAAAGUAUGACGACUAUAUUUUCUACCUUCCUCCCAAUCAAGCAUCUUCUGUUUCUGUGCCUGAUACUCAAAUAGCCAAACAAAGGGGUGGUAGUAAGGCAAAACUAUUGAUGAUUGGCUUAAGCGUGCUGGGCGCAGUAGCUUUGCUAUGUUUCAGUGUUUAUUGCUUCUGGUUCAGAAAAAGAACUAGAACUGGAAGAAGAACUGGUGGAGGUAUCCCUGAGACCAUUCGUCUAUCUUCGUAUCACAAUGUUCAAACUGAGGAAACACUGAAUCCAGACAUCUCUACAAUCCCAUUAAUCACAAUUCUACAAAGUACUGAUAACUUUUCAGAAGCAUCUAAGCUAGGGGAAGGUGGAUUUGGCCCCGUUUACAAGGGAGUUCUACCAGAUGGAAGACAUAUUGCAGUCAAAAGACUCUCAGAAUCUUCUGGUCAAGGGUCAGAAGAAUUCAAGAAUGAAGUAAUGUUCAUAGCUAAAUUGCAACAUCGCAACCUUGUAAGACUUUUGGCAUGCUGUUUGGAGGAAAAAGAGAAGAUACUUGUAUAUGAGUAUAUGACAAACGCAAGUCUCGACUUUCACCUCUUUGAUGAGAGAAAGAAAAGACAGUUGGAUUGGCAACUAAGAUUAAGCAUCAUUAAUGGCAUAGCAAAAGGACUUUUAUACCUUCACGAGGAUUCUAGACUCAAAGUUAUUCACAGAGAUCUCAAAGCUAGUAAUGUUUUAUUAGAUGAUGAAAUGAAUCCUAAAAUAUCAGACUUUGGAUUGGCAAGAUCAUUUGAGAAAGGCCAGAACCAAGCAAAUACAAGACGAGUAAUGGGCACAUAUGGAUACAUGGCUCCAGAAUACGCUAUGGAAGGAUUGUUUUCAGUGAAAUCUGAUGUUUUCAGCUAUGGAGUUCUUGUUCUGGAAAUCAUUUGUGGGAAAAAGAACAGUGGAUUCUAUCUAUCAGAAUGUGGUCAAAGUCUUACAUUAUAUGCUUGGAAAGUUUGGUGUGAAGGAAAAUGCUUGGAACUAAUGGAUCCAGUGUUGGAGGAAAGUUUUGUAGAGAGUGAAUUUGUGAAGUGCAUGCACAUUGGUCUGUUGUGUGUUCAAGAAGAUGCAGCCGAUAGACCAACAAUGUCCACUGUAGUUGUAAUGCUAGCUAGUGACAUGAUGUCUCUUCCAAAACCUAACCAACCAGCAUUUUCAGUAGGAAGAAUGACAUUAGAUGAUGCAUCUACUUCAAAAAGUUCCAAGAAUCUUUCCAUUAAUGAUGUAACUGUCUCUAACAUUUUUCCAAGAUAAUGGAAACUUUCAUACACAAACCUCUUUCC